AUGGAUUUCAACAGUCUGAAAGAUACCGUCUCCAACCUGACAUUGUAUGAUGUCAAGGCAGGAGUGCGGAAAGUCCAAAAUGCCGUCAUGAACUACACGGAAAUGGAGGCCAAGGUGCGCGAGGCCACCAACAAUGAACCAUGGGGAGCAUCAUCGACACUGAUGCAGGAGAUUGCCAAUGGCACCUUCCACUACCAAACACUUAAUGAGAUCAUGCCCAUGAUCUACCGCCGAUUCACAGAGAAAGCCGCCGAAGAAUGGCGACAAAUCUACAAGGCACUGCAACUGCUCGAGUUCCUUAUCAAGCAUGGCUCCGAGAGAGUCAUCGACGACGCCCGCGGCCACAUUACGCUACUAAAGAUGCUUCGACAAUUCCAUUACAUCGACCCGAACGGCAAAGAUCAAGGCGUCAACGUCCGAAACCGGGCCAAGGAACUGGCUGAUAUGUUAGGCGACGUGGACCGUAUUCGAACCGAGCGCAAGAAGGCAAGGGCUAACAAGGCCAAGUAUACCGGAGUCGAGGGUGGCACUGGCGGAUUCUCGAGCAGUAGUCGGUACGGUGGCUUUGGCAGCGACUCUGGCGGCCACGGAGGCGGCUCAUCAUCGGGUUAUGGUGGUUAUUCUGGAGGUGUGUAUGGAGAUGGCGGUGGUUUCGGCGGAGCAGAAUCCAAUGACUUUCGUGACACGAGCCGCAAUGACAGAUUCGAGGCGUAUGACGAAGCCGACGAGGGCGAAGGAAGCGGCCGUGGUACGGGAUUGGCGGCAGUCGCCAACGCGACUACCAAGUGGCCGAAAGCUGGAACUGGGACCAAGAAGACGGCUGCUGCCGCCCCACCACCAAAGAAGGCGAAAGAACCCGAGGUCGACUUGUUCUCCUUUGAUGAUCCCGAGCCUAUGCCUUCUGCCCCAGUAGUCGUCCCGAACGCAGCGCCCUCAAACGGCUCUGCCUCACUAGCAUCACUUGCCAACGAUGAUGAUGACUUCGACGAUUUCCAAUCUGCCGCUCCAGCGACUCAGACUUCUGCUCCGUCGAACGCGUUCUCUAUUGCCCCGCCCAUGGUUACUUCGAGCGCUCAGUCGACGGCCCAGUUCGCCGCCCCGCAGCCCGUCUCGGGGCCCCAGAACGCCAAUAUCAGCAACAUGAUGUCCGCCAUUUCUCCGCCCCAGACCUCUACCGCGACCCCUACCGCCAACUACUCGGCCUUCAGCGCCCCUAUCAGCAGCAUUCCAGCUGCCCAGCCGCCUAGAACUACAGCAUAUCAAGCCGCCACGCCCAACUACUUCACGUCUGUUCAGACUGCCCAGGUGCCACAGCAGACGGGCGGCUCCAUGUCAGGGAUGCCUUCCACCACUCAUCGUACCGGCAUGUCUGCUCUUAACAAACCUGCUGCCACGCCGAGUGCAAAACCUGCGGUAGCCGGCGAUCCGUUCGCCAACCUUUGGGGUGCGGCUGGUGCUGGCGUCAAGAAGACAAGCACGUCGGCUACGGGACCCAAGAUGGGUGAGCUUGCGAAGGAGAAGACAAGCGCAUCUCUGUGGGGCACAUCGGCCAAUGCUGCAUCGAAGCCGACUGGAGGACCUACGAACACCACCACAACAAGGAGCAGUGGGUUAGAUGACUUGUUGGGUUGA